AUUCCGUUUAGCGAAAAAAAUCACCCGCUGUCAGAUUUCUGUAUGUGCGGUUGCAUUUUCGGUUCGACCGGAACGAAAUACCUCAUCCAGUGCUAGGUUUUGUUUGUAACGAAAAAGUAAUCCUGCGAGAUGGCUUUAGUCUGUGACCUCAAAAUGCUACUUGCUUGUCGCGGAGUGUUCGGUCAGUUGAGAAGCAUUCAUCUGGCUGCCGUCAAUAAUGCCGCAGCUGCGAAGCACAAGAAGUUUCAAAUCUAUCGCUGGAACCCGGACAAGCCUGACCAGAAGCCUUAUAACCAGACAUAUGAUGUGGACCUAAGCCAAUGCGGACCGAUGGUGCUGGAUGCUUUGAUUAAGAUCAAGAACGAGAUUGACCCGACGUUGACAUUCCGGCGCUCGUGUCGCGAAGGCAUCUGCGGUUCGUGUGCCAUGAAUAUCGGAGGGGUCAACACUUUGGCUUGCAUCAGCAAAAUUGAUGUUGACCAUCCGGACAAGGCAACUAAGAUCUAUCCUUUGCCACACAUGUACGUCGUGAAGGAUUUGGUGCCUGAUAUGACCAACUUCUACAAUCAGUAUCGGUCGAUUCAGCCGUGGCUACAACGCAAAAACGAAUCAACGGAGAAGAAGGGUGACGCCCAGUAUCUCCAGUCGGUGGACGAUCGCGCAAAGUUGGAUGGUUUGUACGAGUGCAUCCUGUGCGCUUGCUGUUCGACCUCGUGUCCAUCGUACUGGUGGAAUGGUGACAAAUAUCUCGGACCGGCAGUGCUCAUGCAGGCUUACCGUUGGAUUAUCGACUCGCGUGAUGAGUCGACCGCUGCUCGGUUGGAUAAACUGAAGGAUCCGUUCAGUGUGUACCGUUGCCACACCAUCAUGAACUGCACCAAGACCUGUCCGAAGGGUCUGAAUCCGGGUAAGGCGAUUGCCGAAAUUAAGAAAAUGUUGUCUGGUAUCGCCAAAAAGGAUGCCCCCGGCAUGGAAACUGCUGCUCUGCACAGCAAGUGAACGACCGCAGGCAGCUUGUAACCAGUGAAAGUAUUGCGGAACCCUUAUCUCUGAAGUUUGACGAACGAUACUGAGGCAGCGAAUCGAAGUACUACUUGUUGAUAACCCGUCAAAAUGUGGGUUCAGCUUUGGUGAUUUAUUUAUCUGAACAAUUUCAAAAACCUAUAAUAAAAAGAAUUAGCACUAAAA